ACGUGAUCACGUGAUAUAUAUAUACACACACAUAUAUCGACCCAAGAGCAGAGACUUCAUAUUUGAUUUCCCACCAACUGUCAUACAUCAUCAACUGCAAAGUUUCUCUGUUGAAGAAGAUAUCACAAUCGCCAACAGAAUGUUCCUCAAGAAACUCAACAUUCAUCUGAUUUUGGUCGGAAUUAUGUUUGUUAUGAUGGGUCUAACUUUCUUCCAACAAACUUCACGUAUAUUAAAGUUAGAGAAAAGAUCCAUUCAGCCGAGAGAAAAUCCGACAAGUAAACCACCUUUCGAUUUUCGGUCUGGUGCCGUAUAUACGCAUUGGGGAAAACGAAAUUGCACUUCUAAAAGAUCUCACCAAGUCUAUUCAGGUGUUGCUGCCGGAUCGUUUUACUCAUACAGUGGAGGCGGAAGUAACUAUCUAUGCCUUACAAUGAAACCUCAAUGGGGUAAUUUCACAAAAACUUUUGAACACGCUGCCACUAUAUACGGUGUUGAGUAUGAGGUAUCAGACAAUAAGAAAAGUCCGAAAUUUGGAAUGUUUGCACCUAAACCAUACACUUUGCAAAAUCAAGACGUCCCUUGUGCGGUCUGUGAAACAAAAGAACCUGCUUCAGUAAUAAUGAUUCCUGGUCGAAAAGAAUGUCUGGGUAAUUGGAAAAUAGAGUAUUCAGGUUAUUUGAUGACAGAACAUUAUAGGCACGCAGGUAGAACUGAAUUUAUAUGUGUCGACAAAGAAGCUGAAGCUGAUAAUUCUGGCUACCAAAAUCAGGAUGGUGCUCUAUUGUACCACGUACAAGCUAUUGUUGGUUCGUUGCCAAGUCCUCCAUACGAGAACUAUAGAGAGUUAACGUGCGUUGUGUGUAGUAAAUAGUCAGGUUUCUUUCCUCCUAAAAUCUAUAUUAAAUAUUCACUCACAUACGGAUGUGUAUAACUUUUGUUAAACAUGUACAAUAAUAAUUACAGCGAUAGCAAUUUAAUAUGUUGUUUCAAGGGGUAUGUAGGCAUGCAUGUAUGUAUUAUGUAUAUA